UCGGGUGUACGGCCGCCCCGGAAGUGACGCGCUGUGCUGCCUGCCUUGCGGAAGUGGAGAUGGCGGAGCUGUACGUGAAGCCGGGCAACAAGGAGCGUGGCUGGAACGACCCGCCGCAGUUCUCUUACGGGCUGCAGGCACUGGCUGGGGGACCCAAGCGCACGCCGCUCACCAAGAGGGUCGCCGCUCCCCAGGAUGGCUCCCCCAGAGUCCCCACCUCACAGACUUCUCCUGGGCCUCCCCCAGUGGGGCCUCCACCUCCUUCAAAUAAGGCUUCCAGGCCCCCACCUGCGGGAAGUCAUCCUGCCUCCAGUGUGGGGCCAACCAAUUUCCCAGUCAUCGAAUCUGAAACUCUUCUGGAAGAUGUGGUCAAACCUUUGGAAGAGGCACUGGAGGACUGCCGUGGCCACACAAAGAAGCAAGUAUGUGAUGACAUCAGCCGCCGCCUGGGUCUGCUGCGGGAACAGUGGGCUGGAGGGAAGCUGUCAGUGCCUGUGAAGAAGAGGAUGGCCCUGCUGGUGCAAGAGCUUUCAAGUCACCAGUGGGAUGCAGCAGAUGACAUCCACCGCUCACUCAUGGUUGACCAUGUGACUGAGGUCAGUCAGUGGAUGGUGGGAGUUAAAAGAUUAAUUGCAGAAAAGAAGAAUCUGUCUUCAGAGGAACAGUCCAGUGAAGAGAAAUCUACAGCCACAGCUGAGGAGAACCAGACGGUACCAGGCGUCCAAGAGGUUCCAUAAUCCCGUGGGAUCCCGACUCACACCAUUUCCUAUGCCUUGGCCUUCUCUCACCUGGCUCCCUCUUACCAUUUGGGAGACUGUCUGCCUCCUUGGGAUCCUUUGCCUGAUCUACCCAUCUCUGGGGGAAGAGGUGUCAGCCACCUGGGCCACAGGGAAGUCACCUGUUACCCAUAACCUAUCAUUUCAAUAAAAACAUCUUAAUAGUG